UAACUUAUUGCUACGCGCUCGUCGCAUAGACACUCGGUAGCCGCUCAGCGUGCAUCGAGUAGCGCUCAGCUGAAUCCAUAAAGGAUUCAAACCCUCCAGUCGCUCAUUUUACCACAUUCAUUCCUUGAUUCAAACGAUUACCAAUGCCCGCAGCACCUACCGCAGAUAUUUAUUACCGCGCUGACGACGAAGGCGAAGGGCUUUCCCGCCAGAACAUUAUCAUCAUCGCAGCCUGCUCCAGCGCCGCGGGACUGAUUCUCUGCUACUUUCUCUACCGAACAAUACGCAACUGUCGCCGUUCAGCCAACCCUGCACCCCUACCUCCUGUUCAGCCACUUGCCCACCAUCGAGAGCACCGCGUAGCAGCACACGAAAACUCACUAUCACGGCCUCCGACAUGGUUUCAACCUGCCCUCCCCGCAACUCACUCAAUGGGAAGCAAGGCGUCGCUUCUUGGCAAAGAGAGUCCGUUGUUGUCGGGCUCUGCUCCCUCAUCCUCUGUGUCAGCGACAGAGUCAGGGCAGGAAUUCGACUUGCCACCAGUCAGUGCAGACUCUUCACAGCACCUACCGCUUCCUAGCCCUUCGUAUCAUGGCGGUCGCCCGGGAUCGUCCUCGUCCUAUAAUUCCAGCGACGUUAGUUGCGCUUCCCCCCAUGCAUUCCCUCUCAACUCUCCCGACUCUGCUCCGCCUAUGCCUCGUCCUGUGGCCGACCUUCGUUAUGGAUCACCCGCUCGAAGACCGCGACCAUUAUCCAUGUCCUCGAUGCAGAGUAUGAAUUCCCGGACAAGCCGCCACACUGUUCGCGGGCUUCCCCACUCUCCGUACAAUCAAGUUCAAAUUGUGCUUCCAACACCAUUGGCAUCCACGAACAACAGCAGAGAAUCCCUAGCACUUUCCCAUCGUCGCAGCAUUGUUGAUUCAUGGCUACUACCAAGUUCAAAUGCAGAUUCCCCAUCUGAUGUAUCGGGAGAGAGUGUUCAGUCUUCACGGUCUCGGAAACCCCAGCGACCAGCCUCGAUGUCAUCCCUUCGUUCGGCGCUACCGAAAAACGAUGCACAUCCUGUCCCACCAGUGCCACAAAUUCCGUCUAAUCUUGAGGCAACCGGGCAGAAGAGCUUGCGGAGCUCAAGUGACUCUCGUUGGACACCAUCUCACCAGACGGUAGCCGAGGAAGAUGCGGAUAUGCCUCGGAGACCUAACAAACUUGGAAAGACGCGCCCUUCAUAG